UCUCCCUCAUUCACUCUCGCCCUCCCUCACCACCAUUCUCACUCCGUUCUCACUGCUAUGACGAAACGAUGAAAUUGGUGAGAAGAGUUUGAUAGCCGUCCGCCAAUCGCGUAACAAGACGAAAGGCGGAGGAGGCUACGCUAAUUUCUAUUGGCUGAGAGUUUACGCUGCUCGUUCAUUGGUCGUCAUGGGCGGGGCGAUGACUUGUUCUGUCUCCCUAUUGGUCUCCUUGCGUUAGGACUCCACGAGGUGCCAGGCAGGUUCUUUCGUCUUCGUCGCCUUCUUCGGGGUAGCAGAAGGUGUUUUUGGACGGCGUGAAGGUGUUAAGGUGUUGGUUAUCUGCUUCAGGAGAACUCAAGAACACCAGAAGGAGUACCUGGAGGAGUACCAAUGGCUGGGAUGACAAGAGAGCCCAGCAGGAGGGAGAGAAAUCGGAGACACAUCGCGAGAAAGGCUACCUGUCAACCCAAUGUUCCUCCGGUCCAGGCAGCAUCCUUCCAGCCCCUCGCCCCCCCUGUCCCUCCUUCCCCCAGCCCCGACGAAGGUGUCCCCAUCACCUCGCCGCUGUCUUGGCCCCAUAGACUCCCGGAACGCCCGCCUGGGGAGACCGAUAGAGAGGACACAGAUUCACUUCGCCGCCGACACUCCGACACGCCGCCAAAGGGACACGACACCGCGACUCCUGACGGCGACUCCGAAGGGGACGAGUGACCACAUCCCUAAGGCGUCCUCAUGGCGCUGCUCUCCUCCUCCUCGGGGAAGUGUGGGGGCACCGGGGGAGGGUCGCCGCCCCCCGUUCGUGUCCUCGGAGGCGGCGCUGGUGGUGGUAGCGGGAGCGCCGACCCCCUGCUGCCGCCUACCCUGUACUGCCCUGUCCUCCCCCCCUGGCACCUCGCCCUGCUCACCCACCACGCCCUUCAUGCCCGAGGACUGUCAUCUGCGGCCGCGGGGGGCUACCUUCCCCUUCCCCCCAUUCUGGCCUCCAUGCCCCACCCCCAGGGCUUCCCGCUUCCCAGAGUCUCACAGGGUCUCCCCACCACUGGUCUUCCACAGAGCCCCGUGGUCAGCCUCGCCUCGGGGCUGCACAGACGUGACCUCACCAGCACCUCCCCCGCCAAGCACGGCCUCACCUCCACGCCGCCACUGCUCCCCACCACCCCCACCGCCACCCCAACUUCACGACGACUCGCCCAGCCCCCACGACGCAGCUUCACCAUCGCUGACCUGCUGGGGGGCGGCGACGACCUGCACGACGACUCCCGGGCCGCCUCCUCCUCCUCGUCACCCCCUGCAGGAGGCCACGACCCCUCGCUGAUGCAGGAGGGCGUGGGGGGACUGUUCGACGACCUCCACGACCACUCGUCAGCGCUACACCCUCAGGAGGACUUCACCGCCGUGUCUGACCCCGGGAGUCGCUUCGAGUGGCUCCAGUGCACCCGCUACCACCCCCCGAAGCUGCCGCGCGUGAAGCGGCGGGAGGGAGGGCAGAAGAGGAAGCUUGGAAGGAACCCUCGCGUGCCCUUCUCCUCGACCCAACUGGCGGCCCUCGAGACUCGCUUCAGGCAGUCCCAAUAUCUCUCCUCCUGCGACGUGGCCGAUCUCUCCGCCCUCCUCAACCUUACCGAGACCCGGGUAAAGAUUUGGUUCCAGAACCGUCGGGCGCGAGAGAGACGAGACCGUGAGGCCAGGGCCAAGGGCCUCCUGCCCCCCGCCUCGUCGUCCGCCUCUAACUCCCCCUCGCCCUCACCCUCGUCUUCGUCGUCGUCUACGUGCACAGCGGGGCCAGUGCCACCUUCCGCCCUGGCACUCUACCAGUUCACUGCCGCUCUGGGCCCCGGCUCCGUCUCCGCCUUCACCCCCGUCAUGCCCCGCCCACUGGGUGAGGCUCCGCCCCCGCCCCUGCCUGGCCCCGCCCCCGAGACGCCCGGCCUGGAGGAGGGACUCGGUGACCUCCCGCUCACGCCGCGCCGCCUUCAGGAGCUCGAGUCUUCCCCUGGGGACGCCGGUGGGGCAGCCUUCCUCAGGGACGUGGCAGCAGUCUCGCCCCAGCCCCGCCUUGCCUCCGACCUGCCGCCCCCUGCCCGCUCGGAAGGGGUGUCUCCCCCCGGCCUGACCCGCCCCGGCCAGACGGGGCCCCAGUUCCACCCGUCCCAGCUGCCCCACAACGUCACCGCCUCCCCAAUCUCCCCCUAGACAUCCCUCCUCUCCUCCACCACUCACAGAGGACAGUCAUGGCGCCCCAUUGUUCCUCAGCCUGGGAACAGCCCCUGACUUCUCUAUUUCUGCCCCACCCUCCUCCCAACCCCAGCGUGUGACACCGGCCAUUACAUCAGGGGAGAAUCUGCCCUGCGCAGCGGGCGCCCUCAACAAAAAAGCACUGGGCAGCUGAACCUUUCCUUGCAUGCCAAAUCUUAGCCCGUGGCGCGGCAGGGGACUGCCAAGGCGGCGGCCACUCAUCACUGCUCAGCACACACCCCACCAAGCAGGGACAACCGACAUUAUUUUUUAUCUAUUUAUCAUUAUUAUUAUUAUUAUGCAACAGGUAGGUCGAUACCUUCAUAACACACACACACACACACACACACACAGUCACCGCGGUCACCAGCUAGCAGCUGCAAACUGAUUACUAUGUAUAAACUUAAUGAUGACUAGGAAACAGUCGAGAACAAUUUUAUGAUUAAAAAAUUAGUUUAAUGACUGAAAUUCUUAUGAAUGUUUGUUAUGGUGCCACACCUGCGUCCCGGGGUCAUGGGCUCCUUCCCACCACGGGCUCAAGGCCAAUGGGAUGGAAAUGAGCACAUAACGCCAUGCGCAGCUUACCGUAUAUGCUCCCAACUUAAUUUUAUGAUGUCACAUAUAACAACAUAAAAUCUAACACAGCUAUAGAUGCUUCGAGCAUGGCCAAAGAAUCCGAACUCAGUGUUUUCCUACAUGCCGAUACACUCAGUGACUAUGAACAAUAAUCUCCUCGGUUCCUUUCUUACAUCCUCGGGAUUAUACUUUGAAAUUUAUCUGCCACUGAUCCAGAAGGCGUGGAAAACUGAAUUAAAAGAUUAUGUAAGUUAUUCCUCGUUCCAUCACCACAGAAAACGAGCAUGGGGGCCCUGUACUGUAAAUGUUCAAUGAUUGAUGCUUACCUCUCUAGAUCAAUGAUAUCAAGCGGUAGACAAAUAAAGCGGUGGUUUGACUAUUAUUCAAUGGAAAAGGUACAUACAUCUUAAUGAGGUAUUGGAAACAGGUUUGUGCUUCUUUUUCUUUAUUUUCUCUAAACCGCCUCGCUGGUGUCUCGUCACUUCACCGAGCGAGGCCAACACUCGGCGGGGCGGAGCAGUGUUGAGUGGCCUGCAGGAGCGCCGGUCCCGCGGCUACGACUAAUUCGUGUUAAUAUAUAUUUCAAAUAAACCAUAUAAUAUUUAUGAAGGUUUUUUUUGUAUUAAUGUAUUACCAAUUUGUUUCCCUUUCACCUUCUUUACUUAAAUGUCUCGAGUGAGGGGUUUCGAGGUGUCUGAAGCCAUGAACCCUUUCUUUGCUGUCCUUCAUCCUUCACGUUCUUGCGUUGUGUUUGUCAUCGGUCAGGAAACAACCACACACACCUUUUAGGCAUCCCUUACCCUGAGCUGCUUUUGGUGCUCGAAAAAGAGUGUAAUUGCAGCCCCUAAACUAUUAGGCAGCCGGUUAAGCAAAACGAUCUUCGAAGCAGCGGCAGGCGGGCUCGUCUGUUUCACUCGUGCUUGUGAAGCCACUCAGACCCCGGAGCCCGAGAGGCAGGCCGGCGGGAGGAGGGAGUCCUGCGGGGGCGGGCUGAAGGAGAAGGCUCGGAAAUGGUAAGGAGUGACCGCCCUCUGCCGUGACCAUCUUUGAAAAUCUUGAUAAUGGUUCCUCGAGUGUGAGCGCCCCGCGUCUCCGUCAUGUGCCUUGGCCUGGCGCGGCCGCGCAGUGCUCGUUGAUAAGGAAGUGUUGCGCCCGUGCUUCCCAGCCUGAAAGAAGUGAGUGAACGAAGGUGAGGUGGCGGCGGAGGCACAGACCUCCCUCCUCGGCAGGGGCCUCGCCUUCCUCUCCCAAGACCCCACGUGGGCCCGCUUGCUGGAGGUGGUGGGGCG